UCCUUCUGUCGUAUCAUUGAGAAGGAGCUUUCGUGUCAUGGACCACUUCGACCUCAGAGGGCAGUGACCACUGUGGGUUAUGAACAUCUGCAGUUCGUUGCAUCCAUCUGCUUUUUCUAUCCUUUUCCUCCUUCGCCAUCCUACGCAUAUCUUCUCGGCCUUUUCCUUCUCCCCAGAUAACGUUGCUUCGUUCAGCACGUUCUGGAUCCAACAUUUCUUCUGCUCCAUGUUUACAAAUCAGAUUCAUCAGUACUCCAUCGAUUCCCCAUUUCAUCAUGUCGUCGAUACACGAAAAGCCCAAAUCCUCUGUACAGGAAGUACAAGAUAAGGAGAUACCCGAUACGAUUGCCUCCAACCCGGAGGCCAAGGCUGCCAGAGACUACGAGGAGCAUCACAACUACAUGCAGACCGUCUCAAAGUACUUCCCCGCGAUCAAAUGGUCCAUCUUCUUCGCCAUGACCAUUGUCGGCGAGGGUUACGACCUCGCUCUUAUGGGCAACUUUUUCUCCUUGGAUCAGUUCCAGAACCUCUUCGGUUACGCUCCGCAAGGGGCCGCUGUCAAGGAGAUCCCAACGCUCUGGCAGUCCUUGAUCCUUACUUCAAGCCAGGCCGGUCAAGUUACGGCCAUGUACUUCGCUGGUCUGUCCAUGGACAGGUUCGGCUACCGAAAGACAAUGAUAUUUUCUCUCGGAUCUAUCAUGGUACUCCUUCUCGUCAACUUCUUCGCGCCGGCGGUCUUGCCCACGGGAGGCUAUAAGGCUGGUCUCGGCAUGAUCUUCGCCGGCGAGUUCCUCUUGGGACUUCCUUGGGGAGCUUUCCAGGCUUGCGUUCUACCCUAUGCUUCCGACAUCUCGCCCCUCAAGCUUCGUCCGACUCUCACCACUUUCGUCUCCAUGUGCUGGAUUUUCGGCCAGCUCUUCUCGACGGCGGCAAUCAAGGGUGUUGCGAACAUCGAAUCCAACGAUCUCAUGGCAUACCGCAUUCCCGUCGGCAUCCAAUGGAUAUGGCCCCUUCCCGUUCUCCUCUGCGUCUUCCUUGCUCCCGAAUCGCCUUGGUGGCUCAUGCGCCAGUCUCGUUCCGACCUCGCACGCAACUCCCUUGCAAGACUCAACAAAGAUCCGACGUAUCCAGUUGACGGUCAGGUCAAGGUCCUCGAGCUCACCAACGAGCAGGAGAAGAACAGCCAGGAAGAUUCCAAUAUCACGUACCUGGAGUGCUUCCGCGGCACCAACCUUCGCCGUACCAUGAUUGUCAUCACCAUGAACUUGACGCAACAGCUCUGCGGUUCGGCCCUCAUGUUUUACUCGGCCAAGCUAUACCAGAAGGCUGGCAUGAGCAGUUCCAAAUCAUACGACUUUACGCUGAUUCAAACCAUCUGGCUCUGGGGAUUGAUGGGCUCCAUCAUUCUCAUGACAGGUGUCGGCGUGCUAGGUUUCCACAGCGAUGCGCACCCGGCAGUUCCUUGGGUCAUCGCAGUCAUGCUCGUGAUCUUCACAGGAGUUUACAAUCUUUCAAUCGGACCUCUCGUGUACGCUAUUAACCCCGAGAUUCCAUCGACCCGACAAAAAGCCAAGACGCUUGUCAUCGGCCGAGUAGCCUAUCUCAUCGCAGGACAAUUCAACAUGUGGCUUUUGCCAAGGAUGCUGGAGAACGCUCCGAACGGAUGGGGCCUUGGACCUCGCACAGCGCUGGUGUAUGCUGUUAUCAACGCCGCCUUCUACGUCUGGGCCUACUUUUGUCUGCCGGAGGUCCGGGACAGAACUCAGGCCGAGAUGGAUGAGCUUUUCAAGCUGAAUAUACCUGCUCGAAAGUUUCGUAGUACCGAGCUGACGGCUGAAUAAGGUGGCCGUGUGUAUGUCGGCUGUUGCUCAAGCAGCUGUCCAAUCUCGACUGUUGGAAGACAUUGAAGGGAGACGUCUCCGCUUCUUUUGUAUCAGGCCCAGUAUUCAGUUUCGCGUGGCUUUGGAGUUCAGUACUGGGAUAACGCAUUAUAUGAUAAAAGCUACCUCCAAGAAGCAUGUCUCGGCACUGCUCUGUUAUGUGUGCAACAUCGGUGAUGACAUACCCGUCCCAAUCCAAGCUCUGUUAGUGGCCCAGGGGUUACCGGCACCAAAAGGUGCAGGAUCCUUGGCCCCUGAGUCGCGUUCGUCUGCCCCACCAAAGCUGCCGCUGCGGCUGCUGCCGGAACUUGGUGGACUUCCCAAUUUUGAGCUCCUUU